AUGUCGUUUGCCAGCUUAAGGAGAAUCGUCUGCUCUUCUUCUCUGGUGGUGGUGGUUUUGGUUAUUUUCGUGUUGCAGAUUUGGGUUUUCAGCGAUUGCAAUUGCAAGGCAGGAGCAAUAAGGAUAUUUCCAGAUGAUAAUGGCAUCAUGUCAACGUCGAAAGAGAGAAAUAUUACUUCAAAUAGCUAUAAGGCAAGCAAAGAUGAUCUUUUUCACAAGUUCAAGUUCUUUAAUGGAAGACAACCUUCUUCAUCUUCUAGUUUUAGCAGAACUGAAAAAGGAUUUGAAGAGAACAAAAGAAGAGUACCCAGUUGCCCAGAUCCUCUCCACAACUAA